GGUCGCCGCGGCCGCCGCGCCGCCGCUGCAGGAUCGCUAACAGCCAGGAGAAAUAGAGUGGAAAAUGCAAAACAACGAAAUCAUAAAACCUGCCAAAUACUUCUCGGAAUUGGAAAAGAGCAUCCUGCUUGCUUUGGUAGAAAAGUACAAAUAUGUGCUGGAAUGCAAGAAAAGCGACGCGCGAACUAUUGCACUCAAGCAGCGCACCUGGCAGGCGCUUGCGCACGAAUACAACUCUCAGCCGAGCGUGUCACUGCGGGAUUUCAAGCAGCUGAAGAAGUGCUGGGAGAACAUCAAGGCUCGGACCAAAAAGAUUAUGGCCCAUGAGAGGAGAGAGAAGGUGAAACGGAGCGUCAGCCCUCUUCUGAGCACCCACGUCCUGGGGAAGGAGAAGAUCGCCAACAUGCUGCCGGAGCAGCUGUACUUCCUGCAGAGCCCUCCCGAAGAGGAGCCCGAAUACCACCCUGACAGCGCGGCCCCAGAAUUAAAUGUGAGGGAGUCUGAUGUAAGAGUUUGUGAUGAAUUGUCAUGUAAAUAUGGAGGAGUCUGUAAAGAAGAUGGGGACAGUUUGAAAUGUGCAUGUCAAUUUCAGUGUCAUACAAAUUACAUUCCUGUCUGUGGAUCAAAUGGGGACACUUAUCAAAAUGAAUGCUUUCUCAGAAGGGCUGCUUGUAAGCACCAGAAAGAGAUAACAGUAGUAGCAAGAGGACCAUGCUACUCUGAUAAUGGCUCUGGAUCUGGAGAAGGAGAAGAGGAAGGGUCAGGGGCAGAAGUUCACAGAAAACACUCCAAGUGUGGACCUUGCAAAUAUAAAGCUGAGUGUGAUGAAGAUGCAGAAAAUGUUGGGUGUGUAUGUAAUAUAGAUUGCAGUGGCUACAGUUUUAAUCCUGUGUGUGCUUCUGAUGGGAGUUCCUACAACAAUCCUUGUUUUGUUCGAGAAGCAUCUUGUAUAAAGCAAGAACAAAUUGAUAUAAGACAUCUUGGUCAUUGCACAGACACAGAUGACACUAGUUUGUUGGGAAAAAAAGAUGACGGACUACAGUAUCGACCAGAUGUGAAAGAUGCUAGUGAUCAAAGAGAAGAUGUUUAUAUUGGAAACCACAUGCCUUGCCCUGAAAACCUCAAUGGUUACUGCAUCCAUGGGAAGUGUGAAUUCAUCUAUUCAACUCAGAAGGCUUCUUGUAGAUGUGAAUCUGGUUAUACUGGACAGCAUUGUGAAAAGACGGACUUUAGUAUUCUCUAUGUUGUGCCAAGUAGGCAAAAGCUCACUCAUGUUCUUAUUGCAGCAAUUAUUGGAGCUGUACAGAUUGCCAUUAUAGUAGCGAUUGUCAUGUGCAUAACAAGAAAAUGCCCUAAAAACAACAGAGGAAGACGACAGAAGCAAAAUCUAGGUCAUUUUACUUCAGAUACAUCAUCCAGAAUGGUUUAAACUGAUGACUUUUAUAUGUACACUAACCAUGUGAUGUACAUUUAUUAUGUCUUUUUUUAAAGAAUGGAAAUAUU